AUGUCAAACCAUUUGGAUUACCAGAUAACCAAGGAUAUCCUUGUGGCGGAUAUAGUGUUACAUGGACUCGUCGUGACUCCUGUGCAACUCGAAUUCCUGAGACCAUCUAACCAGAUUCCAGUGAAAUUAUACAUGUCUUCGGAAUCCUUAUUGCUGGCGUUGCCCUUCUGUUACUCCUGUCAACAAUUGAUGAAUAUUUUAGCCCCGAUUAUCUUCGAGACUUCCGAAAUGUCAGUCAAGAAACAUCAUUUGUCGAAUUUUGAUUCAAUUUUCCUUCUCACUAUUUGCUUCGCUUCCCGCUCUCAAUUUUGCAUGAAAAAGUCAGUGCAUUUAUUCUGGCUUGGACUCGGAGGGAUCUGCCACGUUGUGUUCUGUUGGAUGGUGCUUCAAAUCAAAUCUAUCAUUCUCCUCUAUUCCUUAUCCUUUUUCAUUGCUAUUGGACCAGUUCAUUCAAUUUGUCUCAUUUUCGAAGAAGAAAUCGAGAAGCAUAAAUCCUCGAGAAUCAUGUCAUCUUCUAUAGUACUUUUGGGCGCUACGAUUUAUUAUCAACCAGCUUCAUUUCUCUCUACUCUCAUAUUACUGACAUCCGCUUUUCUCCUUCAAAUUAUUGACGACUCGUUUCAUCUGACCGGUGAUUAUCAGAGUAUCGAUUAUACUUGUAGACGACGUUCAAUUGAAAUCAAGAUUCCGUACUACCCGAAGUCAAAAGUUUCAAAAGUCAGAUGUCACUUGCGAUGUCUUCAGAAGAGUUCAGUGUAA